AUGCAGAAGGUGAAAGAAGUUGAAAUUGGGGUUCCAAUAGUGUAUGGAAAUGUUGCAUUUUGGCUUGGUAAGAAGGCAAGCGAGUUCCAGUCUCAUAAAUGGACUAUUUACAUUCGUGGCGCAACUAAUGAGGAUCUGAGUGUGGUGGUGAAACGUGUGGUUUUUCAAUUGCACGCAAGUUUUAACAAUCCUAUGAGGGUUGUGGACACACCGCCUUUUGAGUUAUCAGAAUCUGGAUGGGGUGAAUUCGAAAUUGUGAUAACCCUUCAUUUCCACACUGAUGUUUGUGAUAAACCAUUGCACUUAUAUCACCAUUUGAAACUAUAUCCAGAGGAUGAAUCUGGGCCUCUAUCCACUAAGAAACCUGUUGUAGUAGAGUCAUAUGAUGAAAUUGUUUUUAAGGAGGAUUCAGAGGCCUUUUUUGCCCGUGUACAGAACCAUCAAGCAGUCAAUGUGCCUAGACUACCGCCUGGCCUAAAUUUACCUCCUGUACCAAUAGAAGAUGUUGAUCGAAAGAAACGUGGUGACACCAAAGAUCAUCCUCUAAGUCAAUGGUUCACUAAUUUAUCUGAAGCAGACGAGCUGUUAAAACUUACAGCAGCUCGGCAGCAGGUGCCAGGUCGUAUCGCAAGAUUGAGAAGACAAUUGAGCUUGGUAGAUGGCCAGCAUCAACAAUUGAAACCUGCCCCUGAUCCGUGAUUGUGUAUCAUAAUAAUAUCUACAGUCAUCCAUCCAAUUUUCUCUGCAGAAGAAAAGCGUUCUUCCCACUUUUUGCCCUUUUUUCUGGUUAUCUUUGACAGAAUUACAAAUUUGUUAGUGAAGAACUGAUCGAAUAUGGUUUCAUACAAAGCACACUGCAAAAACACACAGUGUAAAUCCUGGCAUAGGGGGAGAAUUCGAGAAAAUUUCUAGUUCUAUUUACUUGUUCACUCCACGAUUCCAUUUAAUCGUCAAUUCAAAUACGACGGCAUUUUACCAGGUGAUGUUCAAGACCUCAGCCUUUUCUAAUUCUCUCACUACAUUUUUUUUUCCCCCAUCUGUACUGAAAAAAGCUUUCAUCUUUCCCAUUUCCUCUUCUUCAUACUCUGUUAUCCUCCGUUUUAGAUUGACUUUCAACAAAGAGAACUACAUUUACUCUCAAGCUAUUAUCAACUGAUUCCUACUAGAACCGUUUUCUCCUUGUUCCUGUUCCUGAGCUUUCAUUUUCAUCCUACCUUUGCUUCCUUGAAACUAGGAAAUCUAGUCAAAAGAGAAGAAAAAUUAAUUAAGGAGAUAAGUAAGGAAAUCCUAUGUAUGUACGUAUGUGGGAAAAGUCACAGAUUGAUUGAUGCAGCCAGUUGCACGAGGUAUUGGGUUAUUCUUUUACUAUAGGAGCAACAUCAGAUCUUUGGAAAAUGAAUCUGAGAAGCUGGACAAUACUAGAAGCGGGGUGCAGCAAAGAGCAGAGGCUGCCCGGAGAAACUUACAAGUCAUUUCACAAGACGUUGGGCUUGGUUAACUAGUGUUAAUACGAUUACUUCACAUGUGGAAGGUGUAAUGCGAGGUAGAGUUGAGGUUGAAAGAGGUUGCUUCUAUGGUUGGUCUCCAAACUUGAAGUCACAUUACUUGCUGAGCAGGAGAGCUAAGAGAAUAGCAUAGGGUGUGAUUGAACUUCGAGAUGAAGGCACAGGUUAUGCUAAUUUCUCCGAUCCUGCACCACCUAUUGAAAUUGAAGCUAUACCUAUUACAAUUGAUGAGGAGUUUGAAUCCAGAAAAUUGAAAGAGGAAGAGGUCAUGGCAGCUUUGAGAGAUGAAAGUGUUACUAUAAUUGGGAUAUGUGGUAUGGGUGGUGUCGGUAAGACGACACUGGCUGAACAAAUAAGACAGAGCAAAAAAAGAAAGGUUGUUUGACGAGGUUGUCAUGGUAAUAGUCGGUCAGAAACCAGACUUGAAAAGAAUUCAGAGUGAGAUCGCGGGAGGAGUCGGUCUAACAUUACAAGGGUCAACUUGUGAAAUUGUGGAGAUCAGCUGCGUUCAAGGUUAUUGGGUCAGGAGAGUGUCCUUGUAAUCUUGGAUGAUGUUUGGGAGACUCUUCAUGAUCUAGAGAAACUUGGAAUUUCCAGUGGUAGCAACUUCAACCAUCGGUGCAAAGUGACAUUGACAACGGGUCUCCGAGAUGUCUGUGAAGCUACGGAUGCUCUAAAGAUCAUAGAAGUUGGAACCUUGUCUGAAGAAGAAGCAUGAUUCUUUUUAGGCAGAAAGCCGGUUACUUGGUUGACGAUCAUUCUGUUCAUCGCAGAGCAAAAGAUGUUGCCAAUGAAUGCAAGGGCUUGCCGCUUGCAAUUAUUACAGUUGCUGGAGCGCUGAACUGUAAAAGAAAACCUUCGUGGGAGGAUUUCCUUGUACAAUUAAAAAGAUCAACUCCAACAAAUAUCCCAGGAGUGAUUAAAAAUGUGUAUAAAUCUCUCAAGCUGAGCUAUGGUUACUAGGAUAGUCAUGAAGUCAGGUUUCUUGUCCCAGUGUGGAAUAGCUACAACUCGGGCUGAAAGCAUAACUGCUCUAUGCUCUCACCAUCUUCCACCUGGCUACUUCAGCAAACUUGAAAAAUUGGAAGUAUUUGGGUGUGGCAAACUAAGAAAUUUGAUGUCUCCAUCAGUGGCCAGAGGUGUUUUGAAUCUUCGAGAACUAGAGAGAUAAGAAACUGUCAGUCAAUGGAAGAAGUGAUCAAAUUUAUCAGAUUCUCUCCUCUUGUACAUUUGGUGAAAAAAAUGUCAUGCAAUAUUUAAAUGUGUUUUUCUUUCAUUACUUUGCGUGUGGUGAUGGAUGGUAUUAGAAUGCAUUUACAUAUCAAAUAGAACAUUCUAGUUGA